AUGGCUCCUGUGACAUCCGCUGGAGAGGCCGUGGCAAGAAUCGCCUACCAGGCCAGCGAGGUCGUCCUCUCCGUCCAGCCGUCUCUCCAGUCCGAUUCUUGGUUCACAAAAACCCUGAAGAGUUUGAAGGCUGCCGGUGCCCGUAGCGUCGUGCCGGAAGGAGUUCCAGAUGUCGUCUCCGUCCGAUACAACGAGGACCCUUUCCUCUCUGCCUUCCACCCUCUACAAUCUGGCAAAGUAGUGUCCGCUGUUACCAGCUCGUCUACACUCCUCACCUCGAUCCCCCACCUGUACCGUCUCGCGAACUCUCCCGUCGUCAUUCACGUUGCAUUGGAACCCUACCCUUUCCCAGACUACUCCGCCAUCAGUUCCAUCCGGCAAUGCGGUUUCACAUUCUUGCACUCUGAGACAUUGCAGGAGGCCCAGGAUAUUGCGUUGACCGCUCAUGCUUUGGCUCGCAAGUCGGGCAAGGGUGUCAUUCACUUCUUCGACCCCGCAAACUCGGCAAACGACGACGCCAUCGAGCAGGAGGACGCACAGACUCUAAAGUCUAUUCUGGACCUGAGCCGAAGCGCUGUCUCUCAUUCCGAGGGACAUGGUGUCGACACUCUUUACGCUGAGACAGGACGUGUUGCGACAGUCUCUGAUGAGACCGUGGAAAGCUCUACGGCUGCCCAGGUUGAGGAAACAGCCACCCCUACUCAGCCCUCUCAGACGCCGUCCAGCCGUAGCGUUGCCAACUCAUCGGUUGGAUCUUCAGAGCGUGAUAGCAGCGUUGACAGCCGCGCAACUAGCUCCGCUGCAACUACUGUGGAUGGCUCCGUGCGACCAGUCAGUGCCACCGAUAUCUUCAGUUGGGCCAGUCAAAUAUGGAAAGCGUUGUCUGAAAUCACCGGCCGUAACUAUCGCGCCAUCGAAUACACUGGGCCCUCUGAUGCCAAGUCGGCUAUCUUCGUCUUUGGCUCUACCGGCGUCUUCGUCGACGUUCUCAGCAAGGAGGAUGUUCCCGCUGAGCUCACGAACAUCGGAUUGAUCACCGCUCGUCUGUACCGUCCCUGGGUUGGUGCCGAGAUUGCGAACUCGAUUCCCCGUUCGAUUGAGAAGAUCGCGGUUCUUGAGCAGGUCCGGAAGACCACCAGAUGGGGCCCUUCCUUCAUGGACCUCCUUUCCAGCCUGACUCCGGCCGCUGUUGGAGGACGCAGCCCGCAAAUUGUGGGCUACAGACUCGGCUACGUCGAGCCUUCCACUGCUGUCCAGGCUCUUCGUGGAAUCAUCCAAAACCUCAGCUCUCCUUCUCCUAUCCAGAGUCUUGAAAUCGGCAGUUCCAACGUUCCUACUCUCCAGACCCCCCUCGAGCAGCCCCGUAUUGAGAACGCCUAUCUGAAAAUCCUGAACCAGCUUUUCGGUGAGCGGUUAUACCUUGCGAACCAGCUUAGCUCGAACAACGCCGGAAUUUCUUCCACCAUUGCGGCCAGCCCUGAGUACGGUUUCGGUUCUCUGAUUGCUAGAAAGGAACACCGCCAGCGCUUCAUCCGUGAGGUUGAGGCGGCUUCCAAGUCCAACAGCUUUGCAACUGACGUCGUUUCCAAAUGGCUUGCCGACUGGGCUUUGAAUGCGACUGACGCUACAAAGGCCAACAGGUUGGCGCCAGAUGUCAUUGCUCGUCUCAGCAACGACGGCUCUGCGCUUUCAAAGCAGCUGCUGCAGACUAAGAAGCUGUUCUACAGUGAAUCCCAGUGGCUCAUUGGUUCCGACGCCUGGGCUUAUGAUCUUGGUAACUCUGGUGUUCACCACGUUCUUGCUUCUGGAGCGGACGUCAACAUGCUCGUCAUUGACUCUCAGCCUUACUCUGAGCGCUCCGCAGCAGACCCUACCCGCAGAAAGAAGGACAUCGGUCUCUAUGCUAUGAACUUUGGCAACGCUUAUGUCGCUUCCGUUGCUGUCUACAGCUCUUACACCCAGGUUCUCCAGGCCAUGGCAGAGGCUGAGCAGUUCAAGGGCCCGUCCAUCGUAGUCGCUUACCUACCGUACAACCAGGAGAACGACUCCGCCCUCACUGUUCUUCAGGAAACCAAGAAGGCUGUUGACCUCGGUUACUGGCCGCUCUAUCGCUGGAACCCCGCCAACGAGGACAAGGGCGAGCCUAAGUUCGCUCUGGACUCUGAGCGUGUCAAGCGCGAGUUGGAGGAGUUCCUCCGCCGGGACAACCAGCUUACCCAACUAAUGAACCGCCAGCCCAAGUUCUCCUCUGUCCUCUCCGAGUCUUACGGUACGGAGGUCCGCGCUAUCCAGAAGCGCAAGGCCAAGGACUCCUAUGAGAAGCUGCUCGAAGGUCUCUUUGGUGCUCCUUUGACUAUCCUCUUCGCGUCUGACGGUGGCAACGCCGCGACACUGGCCAAGCGACUGGGUAACCGUGGACGUGCCCGUGGGCUCAAGACCUUGGUCAUGGCCAUGGAGGACUACCCAUUUGAGGACUUGCCCACCGAGGAGAACGUCGUCUUCAUCACCAGUACCGCAGGCCAGGGAGAAUUCCCACAGAACGGCCGUGCCUUGUGGGAGUACGUGAAGAACACUGGUGACCUCGACCUGUCCACCAUCAACUACUCCGUCUUCGGUCUCGGAGACAGCCACUACUGGCCUCGCAAGGAAGACAAGAUCUACUACAACAAGCCCGCUAAGGACCUUGAUGCUCGCAUCGCUUUCCUCGGUGGACGCAAGCUUACAGACAUUGGUCUCGGCGAUGAUCAGGAUCCCGACGCUUUUCAGACCGGUUACUCCGAGUGGGAACCCCGCAUCUGGCAAGCACUGGGUGUUGACAAGGUUGAGGGUCUCCCUGAGGAGCCUGCUCCCCUUACAAACGAAGAUAUCAAGAUCCAGUCCAACUACCUCCGUGGUACUAUUGCUGAGGGCCUGCUCGACGAGAGCACUGGUGCUAUCUCUGCUAGCGACCAGCAGUUGACCAAGUUCCACGGUACUUACAUGCAAGACGAUCGUGAUGUUCGUGAUGAGCGCAAGGCUCAGGGCCUUGAGCCUGCCUACAGCUUCAUGAUUCGUUGCCGUCUCCCUGGUGGUGUUGCUACUCCCUCUCAGUGGCUGCAGAUGGAUGCCAUCAGCAGCGCUUAUGGUAACGAGACCAUGAAGCUCACCACCCGUCAGACCUUCCAGUUCCACGGUGUCGUUAAGCGCAAUCUUCGUGGAGCUAUGCGUGCGAUCAACAAGGCUCUGAUGACGACUAUUGCUGCCUGUGGUGAUGUCAACCGUAAUGUCAUGUGCAGUUCGCUGCCUGAGCUCUCCUACUACCAUCGUGAAGUGCACGCCGUGUCCAAGAAGAUUAGCGACCAUUUGCUCCCUGCCACCACUGCCUAUCACGAGAUCUGGCUCCAGGAUGAGAAUGACAAGAAGGUCCAGGUCGCUGGGGAUGCUGUUGUUGACCAGGAGCCCUUGUACGGUCCUACCUAUCUCCCUCGCAAGUUCAAGAUUACCAUUGCAAUUCCUCCUCACAAUGAUACCGACGUAUACGCUCACGAUAUUGGUCUCAUUGCCAUCAAGGGUGCCGAUGGACACCUGGAAGGUUUCAAUAUCCUCGCUGGUGGUGGUAUGGGUACCACCCACAACAACAAGAAGACGUACCCCCAGACUGGUCGCAUGUUUGGUUACGUGCCCGCUGAUCAAGCCCACAUCGUUUGCGAGAAGAUUAUGCUUGUUCAGCGUGACUAUGGUGACCGCAAGAACCGGAAGCACGCCCGUCUCAAGUACACCAUUGACGAUAUGGGCGUCGAGGCGUACAAGGAGAAGGUCGAGGCUCUUCUUCCUGAUGGUCUCCGCUUCGCCGAACCUCGUCCCUUCAAGUUCGCUUCCAAUGUCGACACCUUCGGCUGGCAAAAGGACGAGAACGGUCUCAACCACUUUACCUUCUUCAUUGAGAACGGCCGUAUUGAGGACACCGCUGACUUCCGCAUGCGCACCGGUCUCCGCGAGCUCGCUUCUCUGGACAAGGGAGAGUUCCGCCUUACCGGCAACCAGCAUUUGAUCUUGUCCAACAUCAAGGAUGAGGAUUUGCCUGCCAUCAAAGAGCUGAUGGCCAAAUACAAGCUCGACAACACCUCCUUCAGCGGUCUCCGUCUGUCCUCCUCCGCGUGUGUCGCCUUCCCUACCUGCGGUCUGGCCAUGGCCGAAUCUGAGCGCUACCUCCCCGUCCUGAUCACCAAGCUCGAGUCCACUCUCGAGGAGGUUGGUCUUGCUCGCGACAGCAUCGUCAUGCGUAUGACCGGUUGCCCCAACGGUUGCGCCCGUCCCUGGCUCGCUGAGGUCGCUUUCGUCGGUAAAGCGUACGGUGCCUACAACAUGUACUUGGGUGGUGGCUACCAUGGACAGCGUCUGAACAAGCUGUACCGCUCCUCAAUCAAGGAGGACGAAAUCCUCGACAUCAUGAAGCCGCUGCUCAAGCGCUACGCCCUUGAGCGCAACACUGACGGCGAGGAGCCCGAGCGCUUUGGCGAUUGGUUGAUCCGUGCUGGCGUCAUCAAGGAGACCACUGAUGGUCGCAACUUCCACGAGGGGGUUGCUGAGGAGGAAGACGAGGAGUAA